AUGGCUCAGCGGCAGCACGCAGCGGCGAUCAACACAACGGCACACAGCAGUGGCUCACCAAGCUCAGCCCAGUUACUCUCUGCCUCCCGCCCCAAACCCAAUCACUUCCUCUCAAACCUAGUCACUUCCUCUGCCAUGGCUCAUGGCUCAACAAUACCCAUAAACCUUACACUGCUACCCACACCCCUCUCAUUCCUCUGCCAUGGCUCAGCGGCAGCACGCAGCGGCGAUUAA